AGUUUCCAGUAACCGGCCGAGCUGCUGCUACGCUGGCACCAUGCUGUUUCUUUGGGGGAUUUCUUUUUUUUUGAAAGAGUUGGGGUGGUCAUCUUAAGUGGGGUGUUCUAAGCUUUGUCUUUUACCUGGAGAGAAAAUAGGCAGCUUAGCUUUCUCUCGACUUUGGGGACAUCUGUCUGCUGGUCAAAUCCACCUCCUCUAAGGAGCUUCAUAACUGAGUUCUGGGUCAAGACGCAAAUUUGCUUGUCUAGUAGAUGCAUCGAUGCUAAACUGGGGUUCUCAGUGCCCCUAACCUUGCCAGAGUUCACCCUCCUACUUCCGUAGAUUGAAUCUCUUAACUUUCACCAGUAACAACCGUCUCCCCUCCACAAGCUGUUGUUAAUGUCACCAGCGUUAUUAUCAAGCGGUUGUAUCUAAAGACACCAGCGUGCUACCUGCCCAUAAUCUGGGAUCGAUUAGCAGUUAAACAGAUAAGGUGGAUACUAAUUCCUUUUCCUUAGAGUUGGCGGGGGUGGGAGUGGGGGUGGGGGGGGGUGCUUUUUCCAAAACCAAGUCCCUUCCAGCCCUGCUUGUCCUCUUCGGGCUGGCGGGCACUGAGCUGGGGCCAUCUAGCCUUUCUAGAGCGCCUGAGGAGGGGGCGAAGGUUCGGGGAGCACAGCGGACGGAAUCGGGAUCGAGUUCCUUGAGCCGUGUGCGUGGGACGCAGGGAGAGGGAGAAAAAAGCCCCCAGGUGCCGAAUGCAGGGGCAAGGAGCCAGCGAGGGUUACUGGAGCAGGGCCUUGCCAGCUGUUACCCAGUCUCUGAACAGGCUUGGGAGCUUGGAGCCUCCUGGAAAGAUCCCUCCGCCGCGCUGACCAGCACCGGGCUCGCCCCCCCACUUCGAGCGCUGCCGCGGUCUUUUGUAAUCAAGCCCUAGAUCAAGGCUGUAAGUUGAAGUCGGGGUACCGACCAGGGAAAGGAAGCCAUAGUGGAAGAGGGUGACUGGGACGGGCUGGAUCCAUAUUUGACACCCGGGAAACUCCUAGAGCGUGUGGGGCUCCUGCCAGCGGUAGUUACUGGUGGAGCUGAGGCCACCGCCACUGUCGUCGUUGGCGCUUUGCUCCUGGAACCUCCCAGCAAGAUGGCACUCACUGUCUGUUCCCUUCCGAUUAACACCCCCAGCCGCGCCCCCUCCUCCCCGGGAUACUUAUUAGUCACACACUGGGGAGAAGACGGGCUAUGUAAAUCAAAGUCAAGGCGCGAUCUUAGCCACCUUUGCAUAAUGCAACAGGAACGGAGACCCGCGCGCACGAACCGGGUAGUGUGAGUGUGUGUGUGCGCGUGUGUGAGCGCGUGUGCCAGCGUGCGUCUCCGCCAGGGCGUGCGUCUGGGUGGAUCCUUGCGUGGCAAAUCGGGCUUUUCUCCAAGUCGUCUUAACAUGAUUUAGGCUCUCAAAUACGUGAAGGCGGUAGACACAACAGGGAUGCGAAGGAAAUAAAAAACAAUUGGGGAAGUGGUGCCAAGUCACUCACGCUUUGAACUGAGGACGAGGAGUGCGGUCGCGCCUGGGGCGCGUCCGGAAAUCAUCCUCUGCCUGUGGCGGCCACCGCCCCAGUUCAACUCUUCCGCGGGGAGAGCUGAGCGGAUCCCUGGGGGGUUGGUCCUGGGCUAGUUUCAAACUCUCCGGUUGCAUCUCGCGUGGCCACACCGACGGCGCGUCUCGGCGUAGCUCUUGGAGCGGGCUCGUUCUCCCUCUUCUGUUCAGAUUCAGCCUCACCGGACUUGUUAUAACAUGACAGCAACUUGCUGGAGGCAGAAGGAGCAGCAUGAAAUAAGAUGAGAAAACCAAAAACAUCUCCUCCUUCCGACAUGGAGACGUGCACCGAGUUUUUUUGCUUGUUUGUUUUUUACGUUACUCUUUAACCUUUGGAAAGAGAUUGCGAAGUGGAAACGUUGCCUGUACAGAAAUCAGGCUUCUUAGCUGUCAAGACUGUUUGCUAAUCUUUAGGCUGAAUCUCUCGUUGUCCGCUGCAAUCUGUGGGGAAAUUUAGCAACGCUCUUGCCAGAAGCAGCUAGCGUGAAGGAAGAAAGUGGGGGCGUUUAAAUUAAUCCCAUUCAUUUUUCGAUCACUCCCCCAGUUAAAGUCAUUUAAGGUGGUCGAGGAUGAGGGAACUAGUGAUGGGGUGAGGAGUGGGGGGCACAUCACCAAGGUUGUCUGCAUUUGAAAUAACGCCAUUUUGGUUGAGAGGUUUGCUGUAUUUUACCCUCUAAUCUCACGUUUCGAUCAUUUCUCAAUGUCUAAGUAAUAGAUCCUCCCUCUUGGCAGUACACCAUUAAGCAGGCACGGGGAAAAUCUCCUUUCAGGGUUCAGAUGGUGGCAUUAUCCCUAAGGGCUGGUGGUAGGCACGGUAUGUGCUGGGUAGACAGAGAGAAGGUCAGGUUGGCAUCUGCUGGGUUAGCCAGGCGCUCUGAAACUCUUUUCAGAGAGGACAGGGUUAAAAGCCAAGUCCGACUUUGCCUCUUGGAAAUCGCUGGGUAGCAGCCGCGCCUCCCAAGCAUUCUUUAAACCAGAAAAGUGGGAGGGACUCCCAGAGAGAGGGAGGGAAUGAGGCAGGGAGAGAAAGAGGGCUCCAGGAGCGGAGCGCGCCAGAGCGCGAGGGACGGAGGGAGAGGAGGAGCGCGGGAGCUGCGGAGACGAUCCCGCGAAUUCAUUACUAUUGCAGAUUGAGCUUACCCAAGAAGUUCGUAGACUAAUCAAGGCUGGCUUGACCUACAAUAGAAGAGAGUUCUGCCUGCCCACUUGGGCUUGUGUUGACACGGCUGAUAACUUGCCAUCACCUGUUGCCAGUGUGGAAAAAUUCUCCCUGUUGAAUUUUUUGCACAUGGAGGACAGCAGCAAAGAGGGCAACACACGCUGAUAAGACCCAAGACAGCAGGGAGAUUAUUUUACCAUACGCCUUCAGGACGUUCCCGCUAGCUAGAGUUCUGGACUUCCGCAGAACCCGGUCCAGUCAUUUUGAUUUUGCUAUCUGUUAUUUUUUUUUCUUUUUCUUUUUCCCACUACAUUGUAUUUUAUUUCUGUACUUCAGAAAUGGGCCUACAGACCACAAAGUGGCCCAGCCAUGGGGCUUUUUUCCUGAAGUCUUGGCUUAUCAUUUCUCUGGGGCUCUACUCACAGGUGUCCAAACUCCUGGCCUGCCCUAGUGUGUGCCGCUGCGACAGGAACUUUGUCUACUGUAAUGAGCGAAGCUUGACCUCAGUGCCUCUUGGGAUCCCGGAGGGCGUAACCGUACUCUACCUCCACAACAACCAAAUUAAUAAUGCUGGAUUUCCUGCAGAACUGCACAAUGUACAGUCGGUGCACACGGUCUACCUGUACGGCAACCAACUGGACGAAUUCCCCAUGAACCUUCCCAAGAAUGUCAGAGUUCUCCAUUUGCAGGAAAACAAUAUUCAGACCAUUUCACGGGCUGCUCUUGCCCAGCUCUUAAAGCUUGAAGAGCUGCACCUGGAUGACAACUCCAUAUCCACAGUGGGGGUGGAAGACGGGGCCUUCCGGGAGGCCAUUAGCCUCAAAUUAUUGUUUUUGUCUAAGAACCACCUGAGCAGUGUGCCUGUGGGGCUUCCUGUGGACUUGCAAGAGCUGAGGGUGGAUGAAAACCGAAUUGCUGUCAUAUCCGACAUGGCCUUCCAGAAUCUCACAAGCUUGGAGCGUCUUAUUGUGGACGGGAACCUCCUGACCAACAAGGGUAUCGCUGACGGCACCUUCAGCCAUCUCACCAAGCUCAAGGAGUUUUCAAUCGUCCGUAAUUCGCUGUCCCACCCUCCUCCCGAUCUGCCAGGUACACAUCUGAUCAGGCUCUAUUUGCAGGACAACCAGAUAAACCACAUUCCUUUGACAGCCUUCUCAAAUCUGCGUAAGCUGGAACGGCUGGAUAUAUCCAACAACCAACUGCGGAUGCUGACUCAAGGGGUGUUUGAUAAUCUCUCCAACCUGAAGCAGCUCACUGCGCGGAAUAACCCUUGGUUUUGUGACUGCAGUAUCAAAUGGGUCACGGAAUGGCUCAAAUACAUCCCUUCAUCUCUCAACGUGCGGGGUUUCAUGUGCCAAGGUCCUGAACAAGUCCGGGGAAUGGCCGUCAGGGAAUUAAAUAUGAAUCUUUUGUCCUGUCCCACCACGACCCCCGGCCUGCCUCUCUUCACCCCAGCCCCAAGUACAGCUUCUCCGACCACUCAGCCUCCCACCCUCUCUAUUCCAAACCCUAGCAGAAGCCACACGCCUCCAACUCCUACCACAUCGAAACUUCCCACGAUUUCUGACUGGGAUGGCAGAGAAAGAGUGACCCCACCUAUUUCUGAACGGAUCCAGCUCUCUAUCCAUUUUGUGAAUGAUACUUCCAUUCAAGUCAGCUGGCUCUCUCUCUUCACCGUGAUGGCAUACAAACUCACAUGGGUGAAAAUGGGCCACAGUUUAGUAGGGGGCAUCGUUCAGGAGCGCAUAGUCAGCGGUGAGAAGCAACACCUGAGCCUGGUUAACCUAGAGCCCCUAUCCACCUAUCGGAUUUGUUUAGUGCCACUGGAUGCUUUUAACUACCGCGCGGUAGAAGACACCAUUUGUUCGGAGGCCACCACUCACGCCUCCUAUCUGAACAACGGCAGCAACACAGCAUCCAGUCAUGAGCAGACGACGUCCCACAGCAUGGGCUCCCCCUUUCUGCUGGCGGGCUUGAUCGGGGGCGCGGUGAUAUUUGUGCUCGUGGUCUUGCUCAGCGUCUUUUGCUGGCACAUGCACAAAAAGGGGCGCUACACCUCCCAGAAGUGGAAAUACAACCGGGGCCGGCGGAAAGAUGAUUAUUGCGAGGCAGGCACCAAGAAGGACAACUCCAUCCUGGAGAUGACAGAAACCAGUUUUCAGAUCGUCUCCUUAAAUAACGAUCAACUCCUUAAAGGAGAUUUCAGACUGCAGCCCAUUUACACCCCAAAUGGGGGCAUUAAUUACACAGACUGCCAUAUCCCCAACAACAUGCGAUACUGCAACAGCAGCGUGCCAGACCUAGAGCACUGCCAUACGUGACAGCCAGAAGCCCAGCGUUAUCAAGGCGGACAGUUAGACUCUUGAGAACACACUCGUGUGUGCACGUAAAGACACGCAGAUUACAUUUGAUAAAUGUUACACAGAUGCAUUUGUGCAUUUGAAUACUCUGUAAUUUAUACGGUGUACUAUAUAAUGGGAUUUUAAAAAAGUGCUAUCUUUUCUAUUUCAAGUUAAUUACAAACAGUUUUGUAACUCUUUGCUUUUUAAAACUUAAAAAAAAAAAAGUUGCUGAAGUACUGUACAGGGUUGUACAAUGAGAACCCAAUGCCGAGACAAAAAGAACGAGUGAUUCUUCCUUAGGAUACACAUCAACCACUUCGCUGUUGGAAGCUGUCAGAAUAAAUUCCUGGUGGUCAGAUGAAAGGGCAGAUUAAAUGGACUCAUCAGGGUACGAGGAAUAAUAUGGGUGAAACAAGAAAUGGCCCAGAGAGUUUCACACUAUUCCUAUACCUCCAGGUCUGGAAGACAGGUAAAAAAAUUCUAUAAUGUGAGAAUAGAGGUAGUUACCCUGAUCUGACCCAGUGCGGGAAAUGCUGAAAGCACCAGGAGGAAGCUAGUUCCCGUGAGAUAAGUUAACCUGGCCUGACAGAAUCAAGAAAAUUGAGAUGAGAUUUGAAAAGACCUGAAAAUGCAGGGGUUGGCUUUCUGACUGGGAACUUAAAAAUCACUCUUCAUGCUUCCCUGGUUCUAAGUGAUAACAGAGUUAGAGACUUGAGUCUGAUUUCAGUCAUCUUCAGGGACGGGUCUGAUGUUGUAGCAAGAAAACUCCCUUUAAAAGUGUUACUGUUCAAAUCAUAUGUCAGGUUGAAUCACAUUCAACAGAGAUAUAUUCUAGAAUAAUUUUUUAGAAGAGGCUAAUAAAAUUAAGGGAAGAAUUAUAUUGAAUGGAAUUAUUUUUGAUAAUGAGAAUUAUUUGGGUAGAUUCACUGAGGCUAUGUCAACAUGAUAUUUAGACCAACAGGUGAUCAAUGUUUUGAAAAUACAACAAUGACUUAUUUAAAAAUUACCCUUACUGCUAUUUAGACAAAAACAACUGGUCAGUGGUUCUGUUAUGUCAGCUGACUUUGUUAGUAUCAUGUUGAAAUAGCUUGAAGUAAUAUCUUUUAUCCCCUUGCAAAUUCUUGUCUUCCAAUCAUCUCCCAUAUAUCUUCAUAAUUAGUUGUGUAUAACACCUUCGUUUUUCUCCCUCUGCUCAGUAUUUCAAGGAAAAUUAUGGAUACCAGUCUUGGCUGCACAAAAUAUCCAUAUGUACUUAUACAUUUUUAAAUGCAUACUAAUUUUCACUGCUAAUAAUUCUGUAAGGACACAUCAAAGCUGGCCAAAAUAAUUAAUUUUUAAAAAAGCGAUACCUGGUUUCCACCUUGUACUGACUUUGAUCCUGUUCCACUUUUGAAAUUUUAUUUGUUCCUUUUCCAUCGUGGAUGUUCCUCUACUUUGGCAGUUGCGGAGGGAUCAUCAAUCUUCUGUUAGCAGGACAACACAUGAAAAACAAGUCAGAGAGUGAAGGCUUGUUCCCCUAAUCCUGGCAGAGCAGGGCAUAGAAAAGAGAGGGAUGUCCUUGCUUAAUUCUAGAUACUUUUGAGGCAACAUCUUCAUAAAACACGUAGUUUAAUCUUUGCCGUCCUUAGACAGAGAAGGGCUAUGGAUCACAUACAUUAUCAAAAACUACUCCCUUGGAAAAAAAAUCUUUUUAAACAUUUCACUCUGUGAUGCAUAUUUCUUUUACCACUGGCCAUUAUUAUAAGGACCCAUGAAGUAAAUGUCACCGUCAUCUUACUUGCUCUCUCACUCUCAGCAAAAUAAAACUGUGAUGUGUCUUCUUUGUAAAAGUUUAGGUAUAAAAUGCUAUGCAACUUUUUCUUUAUAGUAAGAGCUUUAUUUUCUUUAAUAAUGUAGCCCAACUUAUAUGUUUUAAUCUCCCUUCUCCCUCAGAAUAAGCAGAAAAUAUAACUGCAGCUGUAUGUUAGACACAAGAAUUGAAACUGUGCAGUCAGUAGAGCUGAACUUAGCUAUGAAUUAAUUUAAAUUAAUUCUAAAGUGACUCUGGUUUCCAUUUUAGUCUAUUAGCUAGAGGGUUUUGGCUGUUGCUUUUUUUAAAGUUAGGUCCAUGCAGUGAAGGGAAAAGAGUGUGAAGGUGAUCAGUGUAGCACUAAGACAUCUAAAAUCAAGACAAUGACAUGGGGGCUUUGUGUACUUAGCUGGGUAAUUCCCUUCUACUGUCCUCUUCCCCUUGGCUGUGUAGAUAAAAUUGUGCAUUCAAAUGAUGGUACUUUGACUUUUGAGGGUUUUUAUUUCUGUUAUUCACCAAAUAAUCAUUCUCGUUUAUGUAUAUUGUAUGUUUAACCCCCAGUGGGAUUUCUGGCUGCUGAAAUCGCUUUAGGCCAGGAAAAACAAGGAUAAAGAGGUUCCUGUCAUUUCUUAUGGAGUUCACAGAAUUAUUUGGGGCUUAAGUAGUACAAUGGAGACAGUCACGUGCAAUGCUUAAGGUGGUCUGACGGGGUCCCUUUUGCUGGAGGUGUUCCUGAAGAGAUUGAACCUAGUAACAGGCUUUAUUUUCAUCUUGUGUACAACAUGACAAAGACUGCUAAGAUUAAAAUCCGUCUCCCAUUUGUUACAGCCUCACCUGCACCAGGAUAGAAAGCACAUGAUGGAAUCUGUGAUGUCUAAUGUGUCUUAUGAAAAUAGCCAAACAACUGUCCCUGGGGAUUCUGCUUUGAUUGGCAUUUUUAGUCAUGGGAAUGUAUUUUUGCAGAAAUACCUGCUUUGUGUUUGGGCCUCUCUUGCUGUCAUUAUGAUGUAUUUUGAGAUGAUUAGUCAAGAGUCAAGGUUGAGAGUACAAGCCAAGACCAUGGAAAAAAAUCCAUGCUCACUGGCCAAUAAAGAGCUUGAUGCUACCUGGCCAAAUAAGGUGAUUCAGAUAGAAUCUGAUCCCGUUCAGAGAGCUCAGUAACUGUCACUGUACAGAAGACAUUGAAAAGGAAGUGGCAUAGUCAUGAUCACAAGGAUAUGUUGACAGUUAUCUAUAGCCAGGGUAGUUGUUAAUACCUGCUUGUUUGGGGAGAUAUGUUUGAUUAUAGAGAGACUCUGGGCUACCCUCAAACACCAUCAGAUGCAAUUAGCAGCCCACAGCAUGGGACAAUCGCAGGCAGCUACGAGGAUUGUAUCCCCUGCCUAUUUUCCUUGUGUGUCAAAUGGAAAACAUUCUCCCCUGUGAGAAAGAAUGCAGUUUCUAAUUAUCUGGAUGUUCGUUGAAAAUAUAUUAGACAUUGUCCCUGAGGUUACAAACAAAACCUAUAAUGUGACCUGUCUGGUAAAAAGUAUUAAUGAAGUAGCUCAUAUUACAACUUCAUUUUCUACUAGCACCUAUCAUAAUAGUCUUAGUCAUUUCACACAAAUCAGAACUUACUUCCCCACCAGGGAGGACAACUUCAUGCUGUGAUCGAAGCAUCCAUUCAGAACACGAGGCAAUAUUGUAGUCCACAGGGAAUGGAUGCUUCACUUGAUCGCCGGACCUCAGCUGCAGAGGCCAUCGCAGCUCUUGAAAAGGGAAGUGGUUAAUUUCUAUUGGCAUCUUUGCUUAUAGCAUUUUUCUCUAACCUAUAACAAGGAGACAUUACGUUUUACUUUAGAACAUGAGAAUAGCAGUUUUGCUCACGAUUUACCAUUCCAGCUGCAGGGGAAAGCAAAGCAGAAAACAGUGCCCCAAACAGAAAAAAAGAUACUUACACAGAACAAAACAGUUCUUGGUCUUUUUCUUGGUCUUGUCAAACCUUGCCUGAUGCUCUUUCUGAAGUCAAAAUUCGAAUGCUAAGAAGGCAUAACCUACAUCCUUCUCUGAUUUCUUCAGCAGGGUCAAAAGACAGUUACCAGCAAUGGGGAAUGCUUGUCACUGUGGAGAAAGAGUUUUGUACCUGUCUGGUACCGUUGUUAUAACAAAUCAGAUUUUCUUACUAUAGUUUUUUGUUUUCUAGCUACACACCCACCAGAAGAGCACAAAGGAAGGCCAUCGCAACAAGCGUUUUAAAAUUAAUAUCAAACAUGCACAUGCGUGUACACACACACACACACAUACACACACGGCGGCAUUUGUAAAGGUGUCCCUGGAAUGUAAGAUUUAUAACCGUUUAAGGCAAGGUGAAGGCAUUGCCAACUGUGUGUCCCUCAUAGGACUAGUGUAUAUUCACUGAAAGUUAACCUGAUGAUUUGUUAUUGUUUGAACCAUAUGCUGAUUUGCUUCUGGUUUCUGUUUAGUGUGUUCUCUCUGACAAGGGGCUGGAAGAUUCUGCAUCACACAUCCUCUGAGACCUACCAUGUCGCACACUUUGUUAAUGACAAACUUCACUCUACACUAUACAGUAUCUUGUUGAUAUAUUCAGUAAAGUCUUAUUUUAAAAGAAAACCACAUUGUGUUUAUCUGAGUAAGUUCAUUGGGAUACAGUCAAUACUUACGCUGUUAAUGUAGAAUAAAUGAUGCAGGAGGGCAGAAAUAAAGGAGGUAAUAGGAUUUUUGUAUUCUCCUAUCAUGAAGAUGACUUGCAUUUCUAAAGGCCAUUUGAUCCUUUUCGUGUGAGGAGUUUAUAUGAAAUCCUCAUGUUCUUUUAAAUUUCCUAACUAAAUUGUGUGUUCCUAUGAAGACCUCUUAGGUAUACACACAUACACAGAGCAUCUUAUUUCAUAUUGGUGAAAUCUAUGUUGUUUAGGAUAUAGAUAAUGACAUUGUACUUAUCAGAAUAGUCUUUUCUCCUAUUCAGAAUAUAUGCUAUUGGCUUUAUUUUUUAUUUUUUAAUUUUGUUUAAAUAAGGUGUCACCAUGUUGCCCAGGCUGGUCUCAAACUCCUGGAUGCAAGCAAUCAUCUCGCCUCGAUCACCCAAAGUGCUGGGAUUACAGGCAUAGGACACCAUGCCCAGCCACAUUGUUGUUUUUAAAUGUCAAUUUUCUUUAAGAAUUCUCAUAGUACUUUUCUGCUUCAGAGUUUAUAGCACAUCCAUCCAUCCUUUCAGUAGGCACUCAUGGAAAUGUAUGUCCAUGCUCAAGUUCUGUUCUGAUUAGUCUCAUGAUUUUUCAGAACCCCUUUUGCUAAUCCCUCUUGGCCAUUUCAUUAAUAAUGUAUUUGACAGAGAUUGAAUCAGGAAACGUGAAUUUCAGUUAACUAGUAUUACCUGUUUGUAGAAUCUCUGUUGGAACAUCGACUGUGAAAGACAGUGCUAACAGGUAAUUCAUAUUACGUUUGGGGAAUUAAUGUAAAGUAACAUCCAUGCUAUUCUUGGUUUGCCAAGAGUUACAGACCUUAUUCUGUGCAGACUA